AUGCCCACCAGCUCCCAGCCCACCUGCUCCCAGCAACCCUGCUCCCAGCCAACCUGCUCCCAGCCCACCCUGCUCCCAGCCACCCUGCUCCCAGCAACCCUGCUCCCAGCCCACGUGCUCCCAGCCACCCUGCUCCCUGUCCCCCUGCUCCCAGUCCCCCUGCUCAGAGCCCCCAGUCCACCUGCUCCCAGCCCCCUGCUCCCAGUCCACCUGCUCCCAGCCACCCUGCUCCCAGCCAACCUGGUCCCAGCCACCCUGCUCCCAGCCCACCAGCUCCCGGCCCACCAGCCACCCUGCUCCCAGCCACCCUGCUCCCAGCCCACCAGCUCCCAGUCCACCAGCUCCCAGUCCACCCUGCUCCCAGCCACCCAGCUCCCAGUCCACCCUGAUCCCAGCCACCCAGCUCCCAGUCCACCUGCUCCCAGCCCUCCAACUCCCAGCCCACCUGGUCCCAGCCCCCAGCUCCCAGCCCCAGCUCACCUGGUCCCAGCCCCCUGGCCCAGAGCCCCCAAGUCCACCUGCUCCCAGCCCCCUGGUCCCAGCCCCCUGCGCCCACCUGGUCCCAGCCACCCUGCUCCCAGCCCCCAGCUCCCAGCCCACCUGGUCCCAGCCACCCUGUUCCCAGCCCACCUGGUCCCAGACACCCUGCUCCCAGCCCACCAGCUCCCAGUCCACCAGAUCCCAGUCCACCUGCUCCCAGCCACCCUGCUCCCAGUCCACCUGGUCCCAGGCACCCUGCUCCCAGUCCACCUGCUUCCCAGCCCACCUGGUCCCAGCCACCCUGCUCCCAGCCCACCCUGCUCCCAGCCCACCUGGUCCCAGUCCCCCUGCUCCCAGCCCCCAGUCCACCUGCUCCCAGCCACCCAGCUCCCAGUCCACCUGCUCCCAGCCACCCUGCUCCCAGUCCCCCUGCUCCCAGCCACCCUGCUCCCAGUCCACCUGCUCCCAGCCACCCUGCUCCCAGCCACCCUGCUCCCAGUCCACCUGCUCCCAGCCACCGUGCUCCCAGUCCACCUGCUCCCAGCCACCCAGCUCCCAGCCACCCUGCUCCCAGUCCCCCUGCUCCCAGUCCACCUGCUCCCAGUCCACCUGCUCCCAGUCCCCCAGCUCCCAGCCCACCUGGUCCCAGCCACCCUGCUCCCAGCCCCCAGCUCCCGGCCCACCUGGUCCCAGCCACCCUGCUCCCAGCCCACCAGCUCCCAGUCCACCAGCUCCCAGUCCACCUGCUCCCAGCCACCCUGCUCCCAGUCCCCUGCUCCCAGUACCCCUGCUCCCAGUCCCCUUGCUCCCAGUACCCCUGCUCCCAGUACCCCUGCUCCCAGUCCACCUGCUCCCAGCCACCCUGCUCCCAGUCCCCCUGCUCCCAGCCAUCCUGCUCCCAGCCACCCUGCUCCCAGUCCACCUGCUCCCAGUCCACCUGCUCCCAGCCCCCAGUCCACCUGCUCCCAGCCCCCAGGUCCCAGCCCACGUGCUCCCACCCCCCAGCUCCCAGCCACCCUGCUCCCAGCCCCCUGGUCCCAGCCCCCAGUCCACCUGGCCCCAGCUCCCAGCCCCCUGGUCCCAGAGCCCCCUGGAACCAGCCUUGAAACCAAACCAUGCACCAGAUAA